CGCCGUUUAUAACGACGACGACCAAGAACAUAAACAGGAAGCCACUAAAGCGAACAGGUUUCAGUAAAGUGUCGUAUUAUUAAAAUUCAUCUUUCAGACCUCCACAAAAACUCAAAAUGGGGAAGCGACAGCACCAAAAAGAUAAAAUGUACAUCACUUGUAGUGAGUACACACAUUUUUAUGGAGGGAAGAAAUCAGAAAUCCCACAGGCAAACUUCAGACGACUGUCAUUUGACCACUGCAGCUUGUCCCUUCAGCCAUUUGAGUAUCCUGUUUGUACUGAGGAGGGAGUCGUCUUUGACCUGCUGAGCAUUGUCCCAUGGAUCAAGAAGUAUGGUACUAAUCCAGCCACUGGAGAGAAACUGGAAGCAAAGUCCCUCAUCAAACUUAACUUUGCCAAGAACAAUGAUGGAAAGUAUCACUGCCCAGUUCUGUACAACAUCUUCACAAAUAAUUCUUACAUCGUUGCCAACAAGGUCACCGGCAACGUGUUUUCUCACGAGGCUGUUGAGCAACUCAACAUUAAGACCAAAAGUUUUAAAGAUCUGCUGACUGACGAACCCUUUACCCGAAAGGACAUUAUAAUACUUCAGGAUCCCACAAACCUGGAUAAAUUCAAUGUGUCCAACUUCUUCCACGUAAAAAACAACCUGAAGGUUUUGGAUCCAGAUGAGGAAAAGGCCAAGCUGGACCCAGCCUACCACCUGAGGACCACCAAUCUCGAGACCAGGGAGACCUUAGCUGAGCUGUACAAAGACUACAAGGGCGAUCAGCUGCUGGCUUCCACUAUGAAGGAGCCACAGGCCAAGAAGACGGAUAAAUUAAACGCUGCCCACUACUCCACAGGCCGAGUUUCCGCCUCCUUCACGUCCACAGCUAUGACUCCUGCAACAACACACGAAGCAGAUGCCAUCGCAGAUGACACCGUGCGCUACCAGUAUGUGAAGAAAAAAGGCUACGUUCGUCUUCACACAAACAAGGGAGAUCUCAAUGUUGAGUUGCACUGUGAUAAGGUUCCCAAAGCUGGAGAGAAUUUCACCCGUCUGUGUAAAAAAGGCUACUAUGAUGGGACUGUCUUCCACAGGUCCAUCCGUAAUUUUAUGAUUCAAGGAGGGGACCCCACUGGCACUGGCACAGGAGGGGAAUCCUUCUGGGGAAAACCUUUCAAGGAUGAAUUUCGGCCCAACCUGUCCCAUACCGGCCGGGGGGUUCUCAGUAUGGCAAACUCUGGUCCAAACACCAACAAGUCCCAGUUCUUCAUCACGUUCCGGUCGUGCACCUACCUCGACAGGAAGCACACAGUAUUUGGAAGGAUUGUUGGUGGCUUUGAGACUCUAACAGCCAUGGAAAAUGUGGAGAGUGAUCCCAAAACAGACAAACCAAAGUCGGAGAUCAAGAUCAUAAGUGCGACUGUGUUCGUGGACCCAUACGAAGAGGCUGAUGCUCAGAUUGCAGCAGAGCGAGAAAAGGAGCUUCAGGAGCAGGAGGAGGAGAAGCAGCAAACCAGCAUUGCCCUGAAGAAAGCCAAGGAGGAGCAGGCACCAAAGACCUUCAAAGCAGGUGUAGGGAAAUACAUCAACCCUGCCACAACAAAACGUCCAGCUGCUGAAGAGGAAAAUGGGCCGUCCACCAGCGGAGCAGUGGCCAAGAAGUCCAAAGGCAAGACCAGCUUCGGAGACUUCAGCUCCUGGUAGCAUCAACACAUUCAGCAUUUACCCGUCUGUAUUUUUACUUUUCUGGUUUAGCAUGAGCAAAAUGUAUUUCAAAUUCAUACUUAUCUAAUUGUUUUUUAUCUCUCAGUAGUGUUGUUGUCUUGUCAAAUGAGAAAUUAAAGUUACUUUUUUUUUUUCAAAGA